CGGGGAGAGGGGAGAGGAGAGAGGAAGCAGGAAGACAAGCUGACAAGCUAGCGAGUAAACAAGAAUUUGCAAGGACGAGAAGAAACGAGUCUGAAGGAAGAAUUCAUCAAUUAUAGCAUCACUUGUUUUCUUCUAAACUGUUUGUAGGGGUUCAGUUUCUCCUUCAGUCUACUGAUAUCUGCUGUAACGUCAACAACGACGGCAUUUAUCAUUGUCGCUGCGUCAUAACCUCUUCCUAGUGCUUUUCAAGAAAAUAUCACAUAUUUUGAUUCUUUUCCUGCUCUCAUCAUGUUGACUAUUCAUUUCGAGGGAUUACCUGUAUCUAUCGGUACUUCAUCGUCACAUUUUCCAACGGGACCUUUAACUCUUGGAGAUCUUCAUAAUUGGGCUCUAAAUGCCCUUGCACUUCCUCUAGAAGACUUGUACUUUUUACAUAAUGGGAAAAGGGUGGUUGAAUCCCAUUCUAUCACCGAUGGAGUGGUGAGGGCUGUGCCUCGUCUUGUUGGAGGCAAAGGUGGAUUUGGGUCUAUGUUAAGAGCCAUUGGUGCUCAAAUUGAGAAGACUACAAAUCGAGAAGCAUGUCGUGAUCUUAGUGGUCGUCGGCUUAGAGACAUCAACGAAGAAAAACGUCUGAAGGAUUGGAUCAGUAAGAAAGCAGACCGUGAGCGCGACGCUGCAGAACGUAAAAAGAAAAAACUUGAAAAAUUACGUUCAGAACCGAAAAUUGAGUUUUCUGACAAGAAAUACGAGGAAGAAAGAUCUAAAUUGUCAGAAGUCGUUCAUGAUGCUGUUGAGAAAGGAUUUCAAGCAUCUACAGCAAAUCCCAGUUCUAGCGGCAGCAGCAGUGGAGUCAAGCGGCCAUUGAAGAAAGGUUUCAUGUUUGAAGAGGAAGAAUUUAGUGGGGACAGCUCUUCAGUUAGUUCUGAUGAACAGUCUGAUUGUGAAAACUCAACAUCAAAACGCUCACAAGAUUCUGAUUCUGAAUCUGAUGAACCUAGUCCAGCCAAAAGAAAACGUGUUGACUCUGACAGUUCAGAUUCAUCUGACAACUGCACCUCUGGAGGCGACAGCAAUAUUGUAUGUAAAACUGUGAAUUAGAAGGUGUACAAAUUAAAAACAAUGUAAAUAUGGUACUUUAUAUAUUGCAUUAAAAUUUACAAUGGUACAA